AUGGUGAAUAUCCGGCGAUUCUGGCUGUCUUCCAGCCUGAUCCUGUCUCUUCUGGCUCAGCAAGCUUCUCAGAAUGGUCAUAAGACCCUGGCGAACCUCACAGUCGACGUCGGCGACGACGAAGCGAACAUCGUCUCUAUGGAGAAGUUCCGACACCUGCUGAAAUCCGUUGACUGUACCGAUAACGGCAUGGUCGUGGAGUUUGAAGACACUCGUGCAUUCGGAUACACUCAGCGUGGAUGGCAAUGGGUCAAUGAUGACGAUGAUCGUAAACUGAUCCUUGUGAUGGGUAGUAAGCAGUGUAGCUGGAACUCUCACAGGACACCAUUUAUCGUCUCAUCAAUUGCGUUCGACAAGCCAUCGCUAAAGGCCAAGUUGAGUGGCGUGGCAUCGGACUGGAAACGACUCUUCCGUAACUACGAGAUCACGGUGGGCAAGGCUCCAGAAUCAUCCACAAGCAGGCGAGACUGGGACUCGGAGGCUUCCCUAAGCUUCAACCAUAAAAUACCCCUCAGCCAAUCGAUACCUAUUCCCGGCGGCGAUCUCUCCGUGGACAUUUCCUGUGAGGAGUGUGAAACAAAAGGAUCGUUUGAUUUUGGUGUCCACAUCAAGACAAGCUAUGGCACCCCCGAGUCUGCCUCCAUAACACUCUCGCCCAAUGGCGUCUCUGCAAGCUUGACGCCACGCCUAGGACUGAGUGGAAACAUCACAAAUGAGAUCUCCGACGAGUUCGAGCUCGUAAGCAUCCCUGUCCAGGGUAUCUCAAUCCCAGGGGGUGUUCUUGAGCUUGGGCCGGAAGUUGUCUUCAGCUUUGGAUAUCAAAUUGGUCCUGUCAGAGGUUCCGCAGGCAUUUCAUCCGGGGUGACUCUCAGUCUGGAGGAUUCUGCAGAGCUCGAAAUUGAUUUUCUGGCUCCGGAUGUGUCCGCUGGGGGCUGGACUCCUCAAGUUGAGACUCAACCGAUGAAGAUCGAUGCUAAAAUUGAGGCCGGAGCUGAGAUUUACACCAAAGCGGAGGUUCAAUUUUCUGCGUCAAUCCUUGACCAGGGCUAUGAAGCCGGUGUCAAUCUGAAACCCUAUCUCGGGGCCAAUAUAGCAGUCUCUACCGAUAAGGGCCUGGGAGUCGAUGUCAAUCUGGGAGCCGAUCUUGGUGCUCACAUUGCGGCUGGUGGCCUGUCUCACCCAAGGGCUGGAGUCAGCCUUAACGUGGAUAUUGCGGAGGUUGAUACACCUGAAGACCCUGUGAUGGAGAAGACAAUUGCGGAGGUCACGGCGCCAAUGUCACCGUCUUGUUUCAAUUUUGGUCCCGGCGGUUCCGUAAGCUUGGGUGCUGGCAAGAAGCACCCAACUUCAACCAGAAAGGCUUCUCCUAUUUCUUCCGUCAAAUAUACACCCACUCCUUCAACUACACAACACACCUCGUCAAACCCCACCACCACCUCAUCUUCCACGCCGCAAUCGUCGUCUGCCACCCCGACCCCGUCUCACCGCAGACGAAGCCACCGACAGUAUCAUGCGAUGCGGGGACACUAA